CUCCCUGUAGGUAUAAAAGGCGACCGAAAUUCUGAUUACGGCACCUUUGGAAUCCAAUCGACGAGACGUAGACAUGAACGGAUUUUUACUACUGCUUCUCGCGACCGGCGUUUUUGGUGCAAGCAUCAAAAAUGACUGGCGCAUCGUUGGCGGAGAGGUUGCAGCCAAGGGUGCUUAUCCUUACCAAGUCUCUAUACGUGUACGACACCAGCAUAACUGUGGAGGAUCCAUCAUUGACGAUACCUACAUUCUAACUGCCGCUCACUGUCUGGUUGGAUUUGAGUUCAUGCCCAUGAGUGUCACAGUGGGAUCCAACACUUUGAAUAAAGGUGGCGAUUACUAUGAAAUCUCUAGACGCAGACCCCAUCGAGGAUUUGACCCCAUGACGUUAAAGAAUGAUAUAGGCUUACUAAAGUUAAAAACUCCAAUUAGUUUCAAUGCAAAUGUUAAACCUAUUCAGUUAGAAAGUACCUAUUCAGACGGCAAUUUUGGCUGUGUGUUAUCGGGGUGGGGAAUGGUGAGUUUUCCCGGUGAUUCACCAAACGAAUUACAGUACAUCAACUUGGAAACCCUUCCUUUGGCCGACUGCGACAAUAUAUGGAAAAGUUCCGGUAUAGCAAUAGAUGAAACUCAAAUUUGUACUUUUACCAAAGUUGGCCAAGGAGCAUGCAAAGGCGACUCCGGUGGCCCAUUGGCCGACGCAUCUGGGGUACAAAUUGGUGUUGUAUCAUUUGGACAGCCUUGCGCCGUUGGUAGUCCAGACGUUUACACCAGAACUUCCGCUUUCAUAAAAUGGAUUGAAGACAACAAAUAUUAAUGUUCACCUUUUAAUGUACUUAUUAUAAAUUGCAACAUAAUAAAAGUAUAUUGUCUUAACAA